CACGUGAUCAUAACACGAUCAUGGCUACCUCCGCUGCAGUCCGCUCCAGCAUGGGGAUGACUUUCAGACUUUCGCGAGUUUUACCGGACUGUAGCACAUGUCCAUUUUCCAGGAUAAAGACGUGCACGACUCAUUUACAGAGGAAAGACUCCGUGGACGCCUUUCGUACCAUUAACCGCUACAUGCAAACGAAUACAGGUUCGCACCACAACGAGGACGCUAGCGCUGAAGAAGAGACCCAGGACAAUGUGGUCAAUGUGGUGUAUGUCGACCGGUCGGGCCAGAGGAUCCCAGUUAGAGCCAAAGUGGGAGACAAUAUUUUGUACUUAGCCCACAAGAAUGGAAUUGAACUAGAAGGGGCAUGUGAGGCAUCAUUGGCCUGUUCAACAUGCCACGUGUAUGUAACCAGCGACCAUUUAGACAAACUGCCUGAACCAGAUGAGAGGGAGGAUGACAUGCUGGACAUGGCGCCCAUGCUUCAGGAGAACUCCCGGCUCGGGUGCCAGAUCAUUCUUACUCCAGAGCUAGAGGGCAUGGAGUUGACUUUACCCAAAGUCACGAGGAAUUUCUACGUGGACGGACAUGUUCCCAAACCUCAUUGAGAAAAGGCACUGAGGAUUGAGAGGGGCCAACCCAGAAAAUGAGGGCAUGCUAGGACGGGAGCGGGUUACUUUUAAAGAGAUUUAGGGCUUGGGAAGUCCGUUGCAACCGCCCCGAAGAUCUUGACUGACCAAAUAACAGUUUACUGUGGUGGGCCUGUGGACUUGGGCAGAAAUCGCUGAGCUUGGUUAUGGUUAUUUUGAAAAUGGAGCAUUUAACAUCUUUUUAUUCACGUGGAAUGUCUUUAGCAUUGAGACAGUUCACAAUUUCAUAAAGUCGUUAACGACAACAAACAGCAUCUACAUUUAAGUUUGUCACAAAACGUUCACCUUCACAAAGAAGUUUUAGGGCCACACUGAGGAGAAAAAAAAAAGUAAAAAUGGUAAAAUAGCCGUGAGACUAAACUGAUGCACACACACCAUGUUUUUUUGUAGCCAAAUAUUAUUCUGGUAUUAUCUUGAAAUAUUUCUCAAAAUCACCCCACACAAUGACUUUAUUCUAGAAUUUUUUUUUUGUCAUGUAAGAUCGCAACUAUCCGGCUAUUCUGACUUUUUUUUAUUUAUUUAAUUACAUACAUUAUUUAAUUGCAAAUGUUCUUGCUCAUCUUAAUUCUCACAAGUAAGUUUCCCCCCCCGGUGUACUGCUAAUACUCCUUCAUACAACUGUACAAUGUUGAAUGCAACAUUUGGUGUCUUACAGUGUUGCCGUAUAAUGCUCGUCAUUUCACUUCGACAAUCUUUAUUAUGACUACUCAUACACUAUCAUGCAUUUCGUUCACAUUUGUGGGGAAUAUGACUGCUCAUCAGUCAAAAUACUGCUAUGAAAUCCUGAUAAACAUUUCAAAUGUCUCAAAAAAUGGGUUUACCUUGAGGGAAUUGUUCUCAGCUUUUCUGAAAAAAUAAUUGCAACAUGCUACCAAAUGCCAAUGAAGGAGUCUGCCAGGUUAACCUCUUGUUAUAUUUGUAAUGUACUACUGUACAUGUUCAACUUAUACGCACACAUUUAAGUCUCAAACGUAUGGUAUAUAUCAAGUAUUUAAAAUUGUGCAAUAAAGUACUAUUUUAAAGCUG